AUGCUUCAGACCGUGUUUCGUUUACCAGAUGAGAACAGGACAGUCCCGUACCAUUCCAGACGACCUCAUAAGAAAUCCAGGGCUGGUUGCAUAACUUGUAAGAAACGGAGAGUCAAAUGCGAUGAGAGAAAACCACUUUGCCAUAGAUGCGAAGUUCGUGGCGUGGAGUGUAAUUAUGCACCGGAUUCUGACAAGAGUAGCCCUAUCGAGAUAAUAUCCAGACUCGAGAAGCCUAGCACAGCGGACUUUUCCUUCACUCUUGCCAGUAUGGCAUCGCGGAUCGACGAGAGUCUCAGUAUCGGAUCCGAUUUUAACUCACCGAAAUCAUCACAGCCCUAUAGUCUGAUGGCGUUUCAGCAUUUCAUGAAAUGGUCUACGGGAACAGUUGUUCUUCCUGCCAUUCGGGCCGUGAUGGAAAGCGAUAUGGUACAGGUGGCUUUCAGUAGCCCUUACUUGCUGUACACGAUCCUGGGAGUCGGCAUGCUUCAUUUGAACCGCGUCUCCCGAUCGACGGAACCAGGCCGAAGAUGCGCGGAGGCCCAUUUCUGGCAGCAGGCGAUCCGAUUAUAUCAAAAUGCAUUACUCCCCGGGGUUAACCAGAAAAAUUUCGAUGCGCUCAUUUCGACAUGCAUGUUCAUGGGUGUGGUGUCCAUCUGUCCUGAGAAUUUCGAGCCCACUGAUUCCUGGGUCCUCACUAACAACCCGGCCGACAUGAACUGGCUUUGCCUGCAGAGUGGUCUGCGGUGCCUAUUGGAGUCAGCAUCCCGAUACCUUCCGGGGAGUAUCUGGGAGGCCGCAUUUAAAGCGUCUGAGCAAGUUGAAUGCCAUCUUUUCAACCAUGAUGACCAGCUUGGACGAGAAGGCCUCGAUCCGCUCUUUGCCGAUUUCUGCGACAUCGACGACCUCACGAGCAGCCUGACAAGCCCGUAUUACGUUCCACUUCGGUCUAUCACCACGUUGAUCCAGCUGGAUAAGAACCUUCCCAAUGCUGCCCGAUGUACUACCUUCAUGGGGCGAUUGGAAUUCGAUUUCCUGGAUCUGCUUCGGUCAAGAGACCCACCGGCUCUUGUGAUCCUUGCGAACUGGAUGGGAUUGAUGUGCACGCUGGCAGAAUGGCAACCAUGGGUCGAGGGCAGGCUGAGGAACGAAUGUGUGGCCAUUUGUAUGUAUUUGGAACGCAGCACCGACCCCAGGAUCCCGCCGCUUAUGGAGUUCCCUGCUCUUGCGUGCGGGUAUUCCCAGCCAGUCAGUAUAAGCUGA